ACUACAUUCUUCACUAAUAAUUGAUUUACACAGCAAACAAACAAAGAGACGUUAGCUUUAUAGUAGACGCAGCCACUGACGUACACUGCCUAUACUUGCAAGAGCUACUAUACCUGCUACCUACCUGUAUCAUCAGAGCGCUGCCCGGUGGUGUCACUAGUGAUCCGUUGGUUGCAAUGGCCCCCUAUAAGAUACUCAAGCAAGGCUACAUGGAGAAAGAGCCUCCACUCUCAAAGAGAGGACUCCGCAAGAAACUGCUGCGGUAUUGGUUUGUGCUUGUGGAGGAUAAGAAACAAGUGGCGCUGGUCUACUUUAGGAACGAGGACCAGUACAUCGCACGUCAGCGUAAUGAUGGGUUCAUUCGUGUGGACGAGAGUGAGUCUAUCAGUGUGGUGGGGGACUACAUGGGCCGCAAGCAUGCGUUCGUCAUCAAGACCAGCAAGGGAGAAUAUACUCUGGCCCCAGAGAGCAGGUACGACCUGCACGAGUGGUUGUUCACACUGCACAAUUCUCUGGAGGUGUUCAAAAAGAGGCAGGAAAAGACGAGACAACGACAAGCGAUGCGACCACGCUCAAACACUGUCGAUAGCAGCAACUCACGAGCGCAGCAAGGUGCCUCAGGUGGAGGUCAGCGUACUCCCCCACACACACCCAUUAGACGUGCCCCACCCCCUCCUGUACAGAGGAGACGCCCACACAGACCUGCCCCUGAACCACCCUCCUCCACAGGAGAGCCUGCAGCUGAGUACCCUCUUGUGGAGGACGAGACUCCGCCCCCUGGUUACAGUGUGUCUGAUAGCGUUGCUAUGUCACAUGACCUUACUGACCUGGAUAUAUCACUGGUAGAUCACGAUGUACAGGAGAAUGGUAACGAGGAGGGGAGGUACCCACUAAAUGAACCCAACGACCUCGUCCUUGAAACAAGGUCUAAUCUGAUGCACCAGACGUCAAGUUCUAUGCCUGACCUUUUGACCCACGAUGGCGAGGACACGCCCACCACCAGCCCAGAGGAGGAGCGGACUAACGAGCUGGGGCAUGAGGGAAAUUCCCCUCAAGAAAACCACCUCCACACACGUCACACACGUCAUCACAGUCUAACUAUAACAGAGAUCAAAGCUAAGAAGAAACGAUCGUCACGACGACAAGGAAGCCUCAAAGUACGCAGUCGGUCCCCCCCUGAGAUGCCACCACCGCCCCCUCCUGAGGGGGGAAUCCCUACCAGCCCCACCCUCCUUGAGGAACCGACCAAUGGGCUUGCAGCCGAGGGGCUAGAUGUAAUGGAUGUACUGGACGAUAUUGAACACCAAAUCGAUGAAAUAUCAGAUGAAUUCAGUCCCAAACCCAGUGUCCCUGCGCCAGUCCGUGGGUGUACAUUCACCCCUGAGCGUAGUACUAGUCCAGGUCAUGAUACUACUGAUGGCUUUGAUGAGAAUGAGUGGCUGUGUGAUGUCCCUUUAAACCACACCCCCUUUAGCCACGCCCCCCUCCGUACUGAGGUACGACAAGGCAUACUAGCAUCUCCUGAGAAUGCAGAGACUGAGACUAUUCCUCCAACACUCCACCAUGGAGGUCAGCAUCGCAAGGGAAAGCAGGUAAUGUUCAAAGAGCAGGUGGAGGAUAUUAUCCCCAUUACGUACGAACCUGUUGCCGAUGGUAACUACGAUUCUGCUGACUCAUCAGAUAAUGAUCAAAUAAUUCCAUCAAGUGUGGCAGAGCUCAAGAAGAGGUUGUUUGGUGACAGGGAGGGGGAGGCGGCUCGUUACAAGAGGGAGGGGCCACUCAGCCCAAGCCACACCCACCCACUUAACGCCAACUUUGACGUGGGAUACAGCUUUGAGGGUCAAAGUUCAGCAGAGAACCCUCCAAACAUCAACAACAACAAUAGCGGUGGGGACGCUAGUAACCACAACAACGAGACAAACUUGUACGACCAUCCUUGGGAGUCUAAGUCUAUCACCACAUUCAAACCGCCCCCUAAGACCACACCCCUUCCUCAAGUGACCACACCUAUUCAUCAUGAGACUACACCCCCUCCGCCAGUGGCCCCUAAGCCUGUAUCUCCGCCCACGGUCACGGAGGACAGUGUGGCAAGUGCUUGGAGUCAGCGAUCGCCCCUAGCGAUAGACAACGAUUCGUUGCUAAGCAGCAUCAGUUGUACGCUACAGGAGACGUCCAAAUAUGGAAGUGACUCGCUCCUUAACAGCAGCAGCUAUGAGGCUAUAAAGAAGAAGAAUGAAGUUCGAUUCUCGUCAAAAGGAGAACUGGAGAAGAUCCGCGCUGAGCAUCGUAGGGACCCGCCCCCUCCUCCACAGACAGGGGAUUCUCCAUCUCCACAGGGGAAUUCCCCUCAAGCCAUGAAGAGGAAGUGGCCGAACGGACAGCGACCAUUUGCUGGCCCUCCCAAGACAGCUGCAUCAUUGGACACUCUGAGUGAGCCUAAGCCCAACACUAGAGUCACGUACGAUGCUAAUACCAACUCUCACAUCUAUCGCUCACUAGUAUAGAGACUGGCCGACCAAUCAGAACAACUGUGUUUAUCGAGUAGCCAUGGCAACAAUGUGUGUACAAUCAUUCCCUUUUUGAUUUAUACACAACCUCAAAAUCAGUUUUAUAUCAACUAAUUAAUUGCACUAACAUGCACAGUGAUGUCUCCAUUCUGUAUAUUGAUAGUUUCAUUUGCUCUGAGUGUAUUUUGACUGUGAUAAACAUUUAAUUUCAACAA